GUGGUGGUAGUUGCUCAUGCUCGUGCAAAUCCACAACGCACUCGCACUCGGUGACGCGCGCUUGGCCAGAUCGGAUACCGUGGAUCCCUCCCGAAGGGUUACGCUCGCAACCAACACGGGUAUAACAGUCGUAGGUAGUUGGUGUACUAUUUGGUGUGUACUAGCGUCAACGUGCUGAAAGUGAAAACGGAGCUGAUAGUGGAGGCGGUGAGCAGGGUACCAGACAGGACCACUUUUUACGGGAAAUCGUACAAAGAAUAAUUCCAUUUCACGACCAUCCAUCGCGCAUGGUUCGGUAAAUCGGAUUGCCGCCGUAUCGUAGCUCUCUAUCCCACCGAGCUAGGGAAGCCAAACGCAACAAGGUGCCGGGUUUGGUUGACGCGUACCGUGCGCUCUGCGGCAGUCACAGUGUAGCUAGCGAUCGGAACAGGCCGCGUUCUAACACGCUCGAAAGCAGAGGUCCCCCCCAGCUAGAGCACGGCGCAGAAAUGAUGGACAGCGUCCAGACGGGUGUGGUCAAAUGUGGCGGCUAUCGGUAUGACGAUGGGACGCGCUACAUUGGCGAUUGGAAUCAGCGCGGUCAGAAGCACGGCAUGGGCUCGAUGAUGUUCUCGGACGGCACGCGGUACGACGGAGCAUUCAGCAAUGGCGUGUGUUCCGGGCUCGGCGUGAUGUGUUUUCCCGACGGUGCCAAAUACGAGGGUGAAUUCAUGCAGGGCUGGUUCCACGGUCACGGUGUGUUCUGGCGGGCGGACGGCAUGAAGUACGAGGGCGAGUUUCGCGGCGGACGCAUCUGGGGUCUGGGACUGAUUACGUUCAGCGACCAGAGCCACGGAUUCCCGCGCAACGAAGGCUUCUUCCAGGACUGUCGGCUGGUGCGGAAGAAGCGCUGCCCGGACGUGAUCAACCGUGCCCAGAAGGUGGCACUCAUGGCACGCGCCCAGUGCGACCAGGGCAGCUAGGUGGUGCAGCGUGUCAGCGUCGGGCAGCUGCAAGGAUUGGUUCCUUUUUUAUUGUUACGUUUUUUUGUUUGUUGUACAAGUUGUUCUGUUUUUUUGAACAUGUGUUUUAGUGGAGUGUUCGUUAGUUUUUCGUUUCGUGAUAUUUUAAGGAGUUUAUGUACAUAAGGGUCGACCAGGCAGAGCUAUAGCGCUAAUAUGUACCGUAAUUGAAUUCGUCGAAUAAAUAUAAAUACAAGGCCAACGUUGAA